AUGGAGGAUGCAAACCAAACUGGGAUGAUUCACUUCCACUUCCGCCCCUUCUCCAAACUCCCCGAGGUGCAGAUGCUGAUCUUCGUGACCUUCCUGAUUAUGUACCUGGUCAGCAUCAGCGGCAACGUCUCCAUUUCUCUCAUCAUCUGGAUCAACCAUUCUCUCCACACCCCCAUGUACUUCUUCCUGGCCAACUUGGCAGCUCUGGAGGUCUGCUACUCUUCCACCAUUGCCCCUCUGACUCUGGCCAGCAUCCUGUCCCCAGAGAGAACCCUCAUCUCCCUGCCUGGCUGUGGCACCCAGAUGUUCUUCUUCAUCUUCCUGGGUAGCGCUGACUGCAUUCUGCUGGCCAUCAUGGCCUAUGACCGGUUUGUGGCCAUCUGUCACCCUUUGCAUUACACUCUCAUGAUGAGCUGGCGGUUGUGUGUUCGGCUGUCCCUGGGAUCUCUGAUGCUUGGGUUCAUCUUGGCCAUGCAGCUGACUGUGCUCAUCUUCCAACUCCCCUUCUGUAGCAGCAAAGAAGUCAGCCUGUUCUAUUGUGAUGUCCUCCCUGUCAUGAGACUGGCCUGUGCAGAUACUCAUGUCCAUGAGGCCACUCUGUUUGUGGUCAGUGUCACUGUCCUCACCAUCCCCUUCCUGCUGAUCACUCUCUCCUAUGCCUUCAUUGUGGCUGCCAUCCUGAAGAUCCGCUCUGCAGAAGGGAGGCAAAAGGCCUUCUCCACCUGCUCCUCCCACCUGACUGUGGUCCUGCUCCAGUAUGGAUGUACAAGCCUCAUCUACCUGUGCCCCAGCUCCAGCUACUCUCCGGAGAGAGGCCAGGUAGUGUCUGUGGUUUACACAUUCAUCACCCCUGUGCUGAACCCCUUGAUCUAUAGCAUGAGGAACAGAGAGCUUCAGGAUGCUUUGAAGAGAGCAAUGAUGAGUUUUCUGUUGCCCUAA